AUGUUGGAGAAGAUCCCCAACAUCCUUGCUCGUCAUCCUCUCGCACGUGAUGUUACAGUUCAUGUCGGCUGCAAUGACAUCUCCGAUCAAUCCUCUGAGGUGUUAAAGCAGCACUUUAACACACCCCUGGACCUCCUUGCUACUGACGAUCGAUGCUUCUUCAUCAAUGGACCAAUUCCGCCACAUAGCCACAGCAUUGAACACUUAAAUCCACAUGUGCAGCCCAAAACUAUGUCUUCAUCGACAAUUUCAACCUUUUCUGGAAGCGCCUGGUCCUCUUCCACCCCAACGGCAUUCACCUCAGUGGUCUAG